UCUGUAACAGAGGAGCCCCAGAGGACCCCCUGGCCGUUCGCCAUGGCUGUACCUAUUGCAGUUCUUGACUGCGACCUCUUGCUGUAUGGCCGCGGACACAGGACUUUGGAUCGCUUCAAGCUGGAGGAUGUCACGGAUGAGUAUUUAGUAUCCACGUAUGGCUUUCCCCGACAGUUCAUUUACUACCUGGUGGAUCUCCUGGGGGAUAGUCUCUCUCGCCCUACGCAGCGGUCCAGGGCCAUCAGUCCAGAGACGCAGAUACUUGCUGCACUGGGUUUCUAUACCUCCGGCUCCUUCCAGACUCGCAUGGGGGAUGCUAUUGGCAUUAGUCAAGCCUCUAUGAGCCGCUGCGUUGCCAAUGUAACCGAGGCAUUGGUGGAAAGGGCCUCACAGUUCAUUCACUUUCCUGAGGAUGAAGCUACCGUUCAGAGCCUGAAGGAUGACUUUUAUGGGCUGGCAGGCAUGCCAGGAGUGCUGGGGGUGGUUGACUGCACCCACGUGGCAAUCAAAGCGCCAAAUGCUGAGGACCUGUCCUAUGUGAACCGAAAGGGUCUCCAUUCUCUGAACUGCUUGAUGGUGUGUGAUGCCAGAGGAGUCCUCCUGAGUGCGGAAACACACUGGCCAGGCAGCCUGCCCGACUGCACAGUGUUACAACAGGCAGCCCUUACGAGCCAAUUUGAAACUGAGCUACAUAAAGAUGGCUGGCUACUUGGUGACAGCUCCUUCUUUCUCCGAACGUGGUUGAUGACCCCUCUGCAUAUCCCUGAGACACCUGCAGAAUAUCGUUACAACAUGGCGCAUUCUGCCACUCACAAUGUCAUUGAGCGGACGUUCAGAACCAUUCGGUCACGUUUCCGCUGCCUGGAUGGGUCCAAAGGCACCCUGCAGUAUUCUCCAGAGAAAUCCAGCCACAUCAUUCUGGCCUGCUGUGUGCUCCAUAACAUCUCCCUGGAACACGGGCUGGACGUGUGGUCUUCUCCGGCCACAGGACACAUGGAGCAACCGGAAGAAGAGUACGAGCAAAUGGAAUCAAUGGACUCGGAAGCCUGUCGUAUUCGUCAGGAGCUUUUACUUACGCAUUUUAGCUAAUGUUGUGACAGAGGGAAGGCUUCUAAUGGUUCAUCUGGGAAGAUAUACAGAGGAAAUAUGCCCCUUCCUCUUCUUUAAUUUUGUAAGGACUAAGCAGACGUGAGACGACGAGAAAUUUUACUCUCUUCAGGCAGUAUUCUGAAUUUCUCUCGAUCUUUCCAGAGAUGCAAUUUAACAGCUAAAUUUUUACUGUUGUGAUGCUUAUAGACUCCCCUUUAAUCUGAUUUAGAGAACAAUGACUAAUGUGAGAUCAGUGGAGAGACUUGGGAAAUUGUCUUUGAUAAUUAUGAAAAAUCUGUAAGCCUCGCACCGUUUUACAAAGCAACAACAAUUCUAUGCUGCUUUGUAACCCAGAACAUUCAUGACUGAAUUUUAAACAGUAUUUCACACGAAAUAAACUUCCAUGUGGACUCAUGUCUACCCUG